UGUGGUUUGGGAACGAUCCGAGCAACGGAAGAACUCUCUAACGUUACCCGCACUUUACCCUAGUUGGCGAAACAUGGCUGCUCAAAUCGAAAUGGAUGACACUAACGUUAGUCUGGAUAGUUUAAUCCUGAAUCUGCACGACAUCCAAGCAGUCAAGUUUGGGACUUUUAAGCUAAAAAGUGGACUCACUUCGCCGAUAUAUUUUGAUCUUAGAGUAAUAGUUUCCCAUCCAGCGUUGAUGAACCAGGUGGCAAAUCUUCUUCAUAAGCGUGCUGAGGAUGCAGGAGUGGAGUUUGAUAGUGUGUGUGGUGUCCCUUACACAGCUCUUCCUCUGGCCACCAUCAUCUGCUCUACCAAACAAUAUCCCAUGCUUAUUCGACGAAAGGAGGCAAAGGACUAUGGAACGAAACGUCUCGUCGAGGGAACCAUCCACCCCGGUGACAGAUGUCUAAUCGUAGAGGAUGUCGUGACCAGUGGCAGCAGUGUUCUAGAAACCGCUGAGGUGCUUGAGAAGGAAGGUCUGAAGAUCACGGAUGCCGUCGUGUUAAUGGACCGAGAGCAGGGAGGCAGAGCCAGGCUAGCUGACCGUGGCAUCACUCUACAUUCAGUCAUUUCUGUCUCCAGACUUCUGGAUGUGUUACAUAAAGCUGGUCGAAUAGACACGGCCACUUCUCAGAACGCUGAGAGGUUCAUUCAAGAAAAUAACACCUACAUAUCAACAAAGACGAAUGGCUUCUCGGCUCCUAAAAAGAGCUGUAAGGAGCUCAGCUAUGGGGCUCGGGCUGCAUUGCCAGACACUCACCCUCUCGCUGCCCGCCUGCUGAAGAUCAGCGGUCUCUAUCGGAUCUCUUCGUGGGCGCACAUCAUUAAUGCCCAUGCGUUGCCAGGUCCGGGUGUGCUGCAGGGUCUCGGUGUAGUUGGCAAGCCUCUGGGUCACGGCUGUUUGCUCAUUGCUCAGAUGAGCUCGCAGGGUUCCCUAGCAACAGGAGUUUACACUCAAGCAGUGGUCAAGAUGGCUGAAGACCAUACAGAUUUUGUGUUUGGAUUCAUAAGUGGAUCAAAGAUCAGUGAAAAGCCUGGUCUGGUUCACAUGACUCCAGGAGUGCAAAUGCUGACAGGAGGGGAUGGACUUGGACAGCAGUAUUCAAGUCCAGAAGAUGUGAUCUGCACUAAAGGCUCAGAUAUCAUCAUUGUGGGACGAGGUAUUCUUGCCAGCUCAGAUCGGCUCAGAGCUGCAGAAGAAUACAGAACAGCAGGCUGGCAGGCAUAUCUGAAAAGACUCUCACUGGCCAGCUAAUGAAACCCCCUCAGGAA